AUGUUGCAGGUGGGGAAGGAAACGGUUCAAACCACAGAGGACCAGGUGAUGAAGAGAGACAUGCCUCCUGCUUUUAUUAAGGUGGAGAACUCAUCUUCCAAGCUCGUACAGGCAGCUCAGAUGCUUAAAGCAGAUCCAUACUCGGUUCCUGCGAGGGAUUACUUGAUUGAUGGAUCCAGGGGGAUACUGUCUGGAACAUCGGACCUUCUUCUUACUUUUGAUGAAGCAGAGGUGCGUAAGAUAAUCCGAGUGUGUAAAGGUAUCCUUGAGUAUCUGUCAGUAGCUGAAGUGGUGGAGACCAUGGAAGACCUCAUUACUUACACAAAAAAUCUUGGACCAGGUAUGACGAAGAUGUCAAAGAUGAUUGAGGAGCGGCAGCAGGAGCUCACCCACCAAGAACACCGGCAGAUGCUGGUCAGCUCCAUGAACACCAUUAAGGAGCUGCUGCCGGUUCUCAUCUCAGCAAUUAAGAUUUUUGUUGCAACCAAGACCAGUCGAGGAGCCGGCAUCGAAGAGGCUGAGAAGAACAGAAGGUUUACCUUUGAAAAGAUGAGCGCUGAAAUCACAGAGAUCAUCAGAGUCUUACAGCUCACCACGUGGGACGAAGAUGCCUGGGCUAACAAGGAUAUGGAGGCCUUAAAGCGAUGUCUGGGUUUGAUCGAAUCAAAGAUGGCGCAGGCCAAGAGCUGGCUCAAAGACCCGCAGGGACAGCCAGGGGACUCUGGUGAAGUGGCGCUGCGUGUCAUUCUGGAUGAAGCUGGUAAGGUGGGAGAGCUGUGUGCUGGUAAGGAGAGGAAAGACAUACUGGCAACCACCAAGGCACUGGGGCAGAUGACUGAUCAAGUCGGAGAUAUGCGUGUCAGGGGUCAGGGCCAGACUCCAGGGUGUGUUCAGCGAGCAGGCCAGUGCUUACAGGGCCUAGAUCUGCUCUUUGGCAAAGUGGACAGUGCUGCUCGCAGGCUGGAGGCUCUAAUCAAUGCCAAGCAGGCAAUUUCCAGGAGGCUGGAUGCUGCACAGGCAUGGUUGGCUGAUCCUAACGGUGGUCCUGAGGGAGAGGAGAACAUCCUAGCACUUCUAGCAGAGGCCAAACGCAUUGCAGAACUCUGUGAAGACCCAAAGGAGAGGGACGACAUCUUGCGCUCCGUAAAUGAGAUAGCAGGACUGACCGCCCGGCUUAUGGAGCUGCGCAAACAGGGUAAAGGUGACAGUCCGGAGGCCCGAGCUCUUGCAAAGCAAAUCGGAGCGGCGCUGCUGAACCUGCAGUCUAAAACCAACCGGGCUGUGGCCAACAUGAGACCAGCGAAGCCUGCUGUUACACUGGAGGGCAAAAUGGAGCAGGCUCUCCGCUGGGUUAACAAUCCUGGGGUGGAUGACAGAGGCGUAGCAGAGUAUGAGAUGCUAGAAUGGAACACAGGUCAAGCAGCAAUCAGAGGGAUGGUUGGGGAAGGGAAGAGGCUGGCAGGAGGCCUGUUAGGUCCGUACCGACAGGACAUGGUAGGGCGAUGCGACCGAACAGAGGCGCUGAUGACAGCAUUGGCAGACAUGGCGAGCAGGGGAGAGACUGAGGCUCCUCAUGCACGAGCCACUGCAGCACAACUGCAGGACACCCUCAAGGACCUGAGGCAGAAUAUGCAAGAGGUGAUGACCCAGGAGGUAUCCGAUGUUUUCAGCGAUACCACCACACCCAUCAAACUCCUGGCAGUGGCUGCAACUGCUCCUCCUGAUGCGCCCAACAGGCAGGAGGUCUUUGAAGAGCGCGCAGGAAACUUUGAAACCCACGCCGGACGAUUGGGAGCAACGGCAGAGAAGGCUGCUGCUGUAGGAACAGCGAAUAAGAGUACAGUUGAAGGGAUUCAUGCUGCUGUGAAACACGCCAGGGAGCUGACGCCACAGGUAACCUCUGCUGCUCGGAUUUUGCUGAAGAAUCCAGGAAAUAAAGCAGCUUACGAGCAUUUUGACACCAUGAAGAAUCAGUGGAUUGACAAUGUGGAGAGACUAACCGGACUGGUUGAUGAAGCUAUAGACACCAAAUCACUGUUGGAUGCUUCUGAAGAGGCCAUUAAAAAAGACAUUGACAAGUGCAGAGUCGCUAUGGCCAAUGUUCAGCCUCAAAUGCUUGUUGCUGGAGCAACAAGCAUAGCAAGGCGUGCAAACCGGGUCUUGUUGGUAGCCAAAAGGGAGGUGGAGAACUCUGAAGAUCCGAGGUUCAGAGAUACAGUAAAACAUGCCUCAGACAUUCUCUCGCACACCAUCUCACCCAUGGUGAUGGAUGCCAAGGCUGUGGCCGGGAACAUACAAGACAAAGGUCUACAGAAAGCUUAUUUGGACUCUUGUCUAAGGAUUCUGGCUGCAGUGGGAAAAGUCAGAGAAGCCUUUCAACCUCAGGAACCAGACUUCCCACCUCCACCUCCAGACCUGGAUCAGCUCCAUGUUAGUGAUGAACAGGCACCACCCAAACCUCCACUGCCAGAGGGGGAGGUGCCUCCUCCUCGGCCUCCUCCCCCAGAGGAGAAGGAUGAGGAGUUCCCAGAGCAGAAGGCCGGUGAGGUGCUCAGCGAGCCCAUGAUGGUGGCAGCCAGGCAGCUGCACGACGAGGCACGCAAGUGGUCCAGCAAACCUGAGGAUGAGGAGGCAGUAGAGGAGAGGGAGGUAGAUGAUGAAGAUGAGUUUACUGAUGGUGAGGAUGACUAUGAGCCAGAGCUGCUGAUGAUGCCGUCCAACCAGCCUGUCAAUCAGCCCAUUCUGGCAGCUGCCCAGUCUCUCCACCAGGAGGCCCGCAAGUGGUCCAGCAAGGGUAAUGACAUCAUAGCAGCAGCCAAGCGAAUGGCUCUGCUGAUGGCUGAAAUGUCUCGGCUGGUGCGUGGCGGGAGCGGAAACAAGCGUGCACUGAUUCAGUGCGCUAAGGACAUUGCCAAGGCCUCAGAUGAAGUGACAAGGUUGGCUAAAGAAGUGGCCAAGCAGUGCACGGACAGACGCAUCAGGACUAAUCUGCUGCAGGUUUGUGAACGAAUUCCCACCAUCAGCACACAGCUUAAGAUCCUUUCUACUGUCAAAGCUACCAUGCUGGGACGAACAAACAUCAGUGAAGAGGAGUCAGAGCAGGCUACAGAAAUGUUGGUGCAUAAUGCCCAGAAUCUGAUGCAGUCUGUAAAGGAGACGGUGAGAGAAGCAGAAGCCGCCUCUAUCAAGAUCCGCACAGAUGCAGGAUUCACCCUGCGCUGGGUACGCAAGACCCCCUGGUACCAAUGAAACCUCCCUGCUCUCACUUAGUAAAAGUAGCAAAGUGGCGCUCAUCUGAUGGGGCGCUGUGAGAGGAAACCGCAGGAUUAUGAGCCAUUCUCCACUGUAGAUGUGGGUGGGAAGUUUUGAUUUGUAACCAGGUUUCAUUUUAUUGGUGUGAUUUAGCUCGGCUGUCUUCUAUUUGCGCUAAAGCUUAUCAGAAGACUUUUUAAGAUAUAUUUUUGGUAUUUUUGGGUUAUGAGACUUUAUCUAAAUCUUAGGUAUAUAUUUUUUGCAUGAGUCAUUUUCUAUUUUCUAAAGAUUAAUUCUGACAUGGAUACACUCAACACUUAGCGAAUGUGUGAAAUGUGUUUUUGUUUAUUUCAGUCAUUUUUUCAUAAUGUAUGUUGUAUAUACAAUAAUUACCUGUUUCAUGGAUGGAACUCUGCUUUAUUUACCAAGUUUGACACUAAAGUGUAAAGUCUUGAGUGAGUUUCAUGUUUACUUUCAAUCUGAAAAUCUAUGAACUCAACAGAGGUGCAUCAUCACUGUUGUCCCUGAUGAUGUUUACACAUUAUUAACAAAAAGAGCAAGACAGCUAAAAAUGAUUACAGUAUUCAUUAGUGUGACCGUUACUGAUUGUGUUUUUGUUGAACUUUUACAUUUGAUGAUGCCAAAGGUUUUCUUUUACAUUACUUAGAAGCCUUGUUGAGUUCUUUGAGCACUUAAAAUUCAGGUUAAAUAAAUAAAGGAAUGCAGAUCAGUCUCAGUAGAGAUGAUGUAGUGAUGGUUGAUGUCUGUUACUUUCUUGCAACAAAAAAAAAGAAUUGUGAAUGUUUUAUCUGCUUUGAAAUUUUUAUCUAACAGUUUUUUUGUGUGUGUCUGCACUCUGUAACAGUUGAACUGUUUGGGAUUUACAGAUUUAAAACAUAGUUUUGUACUGUCCUCCUCAGCCAUCUCUCUGAUGCAACUUUUUCUUUUUAGAUGACCCAGGAGGUUUGAGACUCAGUUCUGUGAUAACCAGAGCAACAAAUACUAUUAUUUGAUUUAAUCAUGAUUUUAAAUCAUUGGUAGCAGUGUUAGUUAUGAUUUAGAGGAAGGUAGUGGGGGGGAGAAAAAGAAAAAUGUAUGCCACACACAGAUCCAGUCAAACGUUUACUUGCACUUAUAAACAUGAUUGUCAUUCAUAGGGCUUUAAAUUUUUUAUUUAAUCUGUUCUUUUAUUUUGAGAGUACAAAAAAAAAAAGUUUAAUGGCCUUUUAAAUGACAGCUCUACAAGUUUGAAUGCGUUUUGCAUUUUCUUCUUUUUCGUCUCAUCUGACCUCAUGUUUUUUUUUUCUCUCCAGUUGGUGAUUUUGGAGCAGGUGCUUAUUUCUUUGUUUGCAUCCUUUUAGUCUAUGUUUAUAUAAACCUUAUCUGGUGUUUAAGCAGUUUUCUAAGUAGACCUCAGGGGUUAUUUGGUUGGCUUUGAACAACUCGAGCAACUCCCUUUGGGUCAGAUCUCUGAACCCUGGUCCCAGUUAAUGAAGUCAAACAGUGGGGCAGUGCUCUUAAAUCACAUCAUAAACAGAACUGAAAGGCUUUCACGCCCAUGAUGUGUAUCCAGCUAGAAAAAUACUCGCAACUAUAGCCGUAAAUCCAUUUUGUUUUCAUUCCCUUAUCAGAUUAUUUAUUCUACAGUGGCUGGGUAAAAUUGUGUGUCACAUUGAGACUGAGUGUACCUAGUCUCAUUUUAACAGUAUUAGAGAUGGAUCCCUGGAGUACUGAGGGAUAAAAUACUGAACUGCAGCACAGACCGUUACCUGUUUGUUUUUCCUUCCUCCCUCUCUUUUUUUCUGGGGGGUGGCGUACUGAACACGUAGUGAUCACAGGCUCCUCUCCAAGAGCCUCCGGGAUUUAGAGCUGUAUGUUAGUAAAAAGUUAGCUGAAUGUAUUCUGAUAGCCUCUAGCCCUGCCAACAUCUGCUGUGCCUUGAAAGAAUAAAGACUAUUAUAAAAACAAAAGUC